UUGGUACACAAGUUAGUAUCUAAAGUUGGUUUCCCUAUAAAACGGACCAGUCACAGAUAUCCGAAUAAUAGCAGGAGGAGACGAGAAUUAGGACACGUCAUCAACAUCUACACUCUCCGCGAGUCCACCGUUGGACGGUUCUCUCUCCUCCCACUCUCUCGCGCUCUCUUCAACCUCCGUAUAUUCCUUCAGCAUCUCCUUCUUAUCCUUCCCUCCCUUUUCUCUUCUUCGUUUUCUCCUCCAUUUACAAAACCUCUCUGUCUCCUUCUUCUUCAUCAUCAUUUUCAAAGCCUACCGUUUUCUCUGUAAACAAUGGCGCGCACAACUCCAAUACUUAACCACAACAACACACACUUGCUCUUCACCUUCAAAACUCCAAACUCUCAUUUCAGCUCUCUCAGCUCUCUCCGCCUCACCAAACACCCAUUCUCACUUUCUCCUUCUUCUUUAUCGUGCUCGCCUUCUUGUUGUAUUACGCGCGUAACCACUGUGCCAGUAGAGUACGCGCCGUCAGCUCCCGAUUUUGAUUUUCACCAAGAGCUCUCGCGCCUCAAGACACUCCGUUCCAGGCUCGCCGACUCCAAUUCCCUCCGCGCCAAGCUCAGAGUGAUCGAGGGCGAUCCCAGAGUGAAGCGGUUCUUCAAUUCAAGCAACAAUGGCUUCUCUACGGUUUUAGCUUCUCUCAAUUUGACUCCUUACGAGUUGUUUUUGUUCAAGUGCUUGGUUGCAGCGGGGCAAGAGCACGUGCUCGGUUGGGGUUUUGAGUUCGUCCAGAGCGAGAUGGAAUCGGUGAGGAGCUCGGUGAAGAGCGCGCUUUAUGCGCUCGUCUCAAUGAUUGAGAAAUUGGAUGUGAAUGGCGAGGGUUCGGGGGAGAACAUUGGUCGCGUGGCUUUGAAUGAUGAAGAUUUUAAGGACUUGAAGAAGCUCUUAAAGAAUUUGGGAGAAAUUGAACAGUUCUAUAACUGCAUUGGUGGAAUUAUAGGAUAUCAGAUAGCGGUAUUGGAGCUUCUAGCCCAAUCAAGUGUUGAAAUGCAGACUACAAACUGGUCAAAGAGCAUACAAGAGCACAUGGAAUGCCAGUUUUUGGAAAUUCACGCUCCUAGUGGACUUGAUCUUUCUCAAAAUCCAGAAUAUGCAUCCCAAGCUGCUUUAUGGGGAAUUCAGGGUUUGCCAAACCUAGGUGAAAUCUAUCCUUUGGGAGGCUCCGCAGACAGGCUUGGUUUGGUUGAUCCUGACACAGGUGAAUGUCUCCCUGCUGCAAUGCUUCCUUAUUGUGGACGGACUUUAUUGGAAGGUCUUAUAAGAGAUCUUCAGGCUAGAGAGUUCCUGUACUUCAAGAUGUAUGGGAAACAAUGCAUCACUCCUGUCGCAAUCAUGACAAGCUCUGCAAAGAACAACCAUGAACGCAUAACUUCUCUUUGUGAAAAACUUGAAUGGUUUCGAAGAGGUCGAUCAAAUUUCCUACUUUUUGAACAGCCCGUUGUUCCAGCUGUUAGUGUCGAGAAUGGGCAGUGGGUAAUCAUGAAACCUUUUGCACCCAUAUGCAAGCCUGGUGGUCAUGGGGUGAUAUGGAAACUUGCUCAUGAUAAAGGUAUUUUCAAAUGGUUUUAUGAUCAUGGACGGAAGGGUGCAACUGUACGACAAGUUAGCAAUGUUGUGGCGGCUACAGAUUUGACCCUUUUGGCACUGGCUGGGAUUGGCUUACACCAUGGAAAGAAACUGGGGUUUGCCUCCUGUAAGAGGAACUUGGGUGCUACAGAAGGAAUUAAUGUUUUAAUUGAGAAAAAAAAUCUUGAUGGAAGGUGGGCAUAUGGUUUGUCGUGCAUCGAGUACACAGAGUUUGACAAGUUUGGGAUAGCAGAUGGACCUCAUUCUCGUAAUAGGUUGCAGGCAGAGUUCCCCGCCAAUACAAACAUCUUAUAUGUAGAUUUGCCUUCAGCAGAGUUGGUUGGGUCAAGUAAUAGUGGAAACAGCUUACCAGGCAUGGUGCUGAAUGUUAAAAAGCCAAUAACAUUUGUAGACCAUUUUGGAAAACCACACAGUGUCUCUGGUGGAAGACUUGAAUGCACGAUGCAAAAUAUUGCUGACAGCUUUGUUAAUACAUGUCCAUCUCGAUAUUAUAAGGGUGUUGAAGAUAAGCUCGAUACUUUUGUUGUUUUUAAUAAACGAAGAAGGGUCACGUCAUCUGCUAAGAGGAAAAGAAGACUUGCAGACAAAUCUUUACACCAAACUCCUGAUGGUUCACUGUUGGAUAUCCUACGGAAUGCCCAUGAUCUUCUUUCGCAGUGUGAUAUUGAACUUCCUGAGAUUGAAAGCAAUGAGAAGUAUUUAAGUUCUGGACCACCAUUUCUUAUCCUUCUGCAUCCUGCUCUUGGCCCACUUUGGGAGGUCACCAGACAAAAAUUCUAUGAAGGCUCAAUAUCCAAGGGCUCUGAGUUACAAGUAGAGGUUGCAGAGUUUCUCUGGAGGAAUGUUCAGCUUGAUGGAAGCCUGAUCAUAGAGGCUGACAACAUUAUGGGCUCAACUAAGAUUGAUCAAAAUGGUGAACCCCUUUUACAAUAUGGACACAGGUGUGGAAGAUGUAAAUUACAGAAUGUCAAAGUAUUGAAUGAGGGAAUUGACUGGACUUUUGGAGACAAUGUAUACUGGAAGCAUGAUGUUCAACGCAUCGAGGCAUGUAAGGUCGUACUGCAUGGAAAUGCUGAAUUUGAGGCAACUGAUGUAAUCUUACAGGGAAAUCAUAUAUUUGAAGUUCCAAAUUCCUACAAAAUGAAGAUCACACAAGGAGAUUCAGGUUUAGUGGUCCGAUUAGAUCCUAUUGAACAGAACAUGAUGGAUAGUGGAAGCUGGUACUGGGAAUACAGCAUAAAGGGCACACACAUUCAGUUGGAGAUGGUAGAGUUGUAAAACACUGUAAAUAGUACUCAUGCUUACCAUAGGUGAAUCAUGGUUCACAGAUGGAUACCGAGGUCACUCGCAUAAUUUCAGGCAUGUUCCGGUCUGUUAGGUUUAACAUGGUUAAACCAUUUUCUUCUUCAAGCUAAUUUAUUUCUUAUGUAAUAGUAGUAUAAUUACAUCUCUUUGUUCUUUUAUUAUUGGCGAGGAGGAGCAAAGUUUGAGGGCCUCCUCGAAAGACUGAUGUAAAAAAAAAAUGAAGAUAAGCAAUCAAAUGUAUUCAAUUAUUUCA